AUGUGCUCCAUCCGUGGGAUGGACCCAAUGCUUGCUGCUCUCCUUGUACAAGCGCAUUCUACCCCUCCCCCUCACAUCCCCUCUCGUGCUGCUUCUUCUUCAUGCAUCCGUAGGAGCUGCCCGUGGACGACGAUGAACCUAUCAUUGUUAACAUGUGAAUUGAGAAGAGGUCAAAUUGAAGUCUUUACGAUGCUGAAGCUGCAGCCCCGUCCCUCCGUCGUUGCCAAUGGCAUGGAUGACCCCACGCUACGAAAGUAG